AUGACGACUGCCGAACGUAAAAAAGAAGCUGACUUUAGACUAAUAUGUCGGGAUCGAAAUAAAGAACAAAUGAAGCGAACUUGGGUCGUUUAUGGCGAGUUGCGACGUAUUGAUGAGGUUUCUCAGCCUAGGGCUCUGGGAAACGUAGUGAAUCACGUAGACCGUAGCAAGCGUCGCGGUGGAGGAGUACGCUGCCUUGCCAAGAAUUCUGUGAAUUUUAUUUCUAUUGAUGUUCCUCAGAAUCUGAAAGUUGAUGUCGUGGUGGUCGAAGGAAUUGAUGAUUUUGACAUCUCUUCAUCAAGAGUGAUCCUAGUAUAUCGCCCCCCAGGGUCAGUCUCAACUGAGGGUGAAAAACUAAUGGACGCAAUUUUGAAUCUGGGCCUUACUGGCAGCCGCCCCAAUGCUGUUGGGGGUAAUAACACCACUUCUACAAAGUUCGUUGAUCUGUUCAAAUGCUGUGGACUAACUCAACAUGUUCUCAAACCUACUCGUGGAACUUCUAUACUGGAUAUUGUGCUAACUUCGGCACCAAUGCUGAAUCAGAUUUCAAUUUUACCUCCAUUUGCGUCCUCUGAGACUGGUGGGAGCUUUUCGAUGGUUACGAGUCAACUGAAGAUCUUUAUAAAAGAUUCUGGGAUGCGUUCUCAGAAGACCCGCCUUUUCGGCAACUUGACAGAUGGUGUCCCAAACCAACAAUAUAGGAACAUCUGCGGAAAGCUAGACUAUCACCCAAAGAGAUUCCUAGCAAACUCUGAAAGACGGGCCAAAAUCAACCCAUGUUGCGAGCUUCCUGUUUUACAUGAUGAUUCAGGGAACAGAUACGCUGAGGAUGAUCAAAAAGCAGAAGCUUUGGGUGGUUUUUUUGCCUCGGUCUUUGUACGCAAUAGUGAUACGAGUUGUCCCAAUCUUGAAAGAAAGACUUCUUUGGGGUUGGAUGACUUUGUAAUCCACCCCAGUGAAGUCACUGUUAAAAUCACUAAAAAAGUAGAAAAUUCCUACUCUAGUCUCUGCGAUUGCCUUAGUGGUGUGCCACAAGGUGGUGUUUUGUCCCCCCUACUUUUCCUUGCCUACACACAUGACCUGCCAUCGUUAUUGAGAACUCAUUCCUCAGUUCGAGUCCAGCCAUAUGCAGAGGACAUCAAGGUUUGUGGUUUCUACAAGGAGGAGGACAGAGUUGUCAUUCAGGAAGCUAUGUCACGGUCCAUUUCAAAUAUGAUGUAA